UCAAACAUAGAUCAGGUUAGCAGCUCGACUCAUAUUUUGCCGGUCUUAAGUCAUUCCCACCUGCUUUUCUGGACUGUGCCCUAUAAAUCCCCCCACAAUUCUCCUCAAAAAGAUCACUUCUCUUCAUUUUUUGUUCUUCUUUCUUCAAGAGUAGGCUUUUGGAGAGAGAGUAGCUCCGAUGUCGGUAACGACUGUGAAAGUCAGCAAUGUUUCCCUCAGUACACCUGAGGGGCAUGUCGAGGGGUACUUUUCCUUUUCUGGAGAAAUCGAAUAUGUCGAGAUGCGUAGUGGGGAUGAAAGCUCAAAAAUUGCAUACGUCACUUUCAAAGAUUACCAGGGAGCAGAUAAUGCACUACUUCUAUCGGACGCAAAAAUAGAUGGUCAAUCUGUCGUCAUUACAGCAGCCACAGAUUACGAAUUACCUCCUGCUGCUUCAGAUCCACAAGAGGACGCAAAAAUAGAUGGUCAAUCUGUCGUCAUUACAGCAGCCACAGAUUACCAAUUACCUCCUGCUGCUUCAGAUCCACAAGAGUCCCAUGGUGGUUCUCGAUCCAGCGUGCUUGACAAGGGUUUUAGCUUAAGCAAACAUGCUGUCAAGAAAGCAAUAAUUUUUGCCUGGAAACACGGACCCAGAUUCUCAAUCGGUACUCAGGUUCCGAUUUGUGGCAAGAGCUUUAAUGUUGGCUUGGAAAAGUAAGUCUAGUUCUCUGGGGAAAGGUCAAAGACCGCAAAAUCUGCUUCCGGUACAACUGAUCACGUCUCUCUCUCUCUCUGAGUUCAUCAAACAGGAUUGAAGCUUUAGAGAUGGCUGCUAUUGUUAUUUUUGUAAUAAAGACCAUGCAAUCUGGUCCUCGAAUUGACUACUGGCAUCUAUUCUCUAGUGUAGGGUGUUGGCAGUCUUCAUAUAUUUAGUUAGAAUUGCCUGGUCAACCAUUUGA